AUGUGGUAUGAUGACUAUGCCAUCAUUGUGAGCGUAUGUUUGACCUCGUCGACCAUUGUGACAAACGUUCUCGCCCUGUCCGUCACGUCGGCCAAGGUCAGCGUCCUUCUGCUCUACCGCCGCCUCUUCACGUCCAAGGCCGGCACGACGAAUCAGUUCAAGUACAUGUUCUUGUUUGCCUCCGUUCUGACCGGUGUCUACCUCCCCAUCCUGUGGAUCACCAUGGCCUGCGCCUGUCGUCCCGUCAGCUACUACUGGACCCAGUAUACCGGCGGCCAAGGCAGCUGCAUCAAUGUGGAGCUGUUUUUUCUUGUUCUCGGCAUCGUGAACAUGAUCAACGACGUCAUCAUCCUGAUCGUCCCCAUCCCCAGUAUCUGGGUGCUGCAGAUGAACAGCAAGACAAAGGCGUCCGUUAUUGGCAUCAUGAUGCUGGGUAGCCUCGUUUGUCUUGCAAGCAUCUUCCGCAUCUACUAUCUCAACGGCCUGGCUCACCACAUCGAUGCCACCUGGUGGAUGGGACCCGGAAUGGCCUGGUCCUGCAUCGAGCCGCUGGUGGCCAUCAUCUCGGCCUGCUUGCCAACACUGGCUCCGCUGUUCCGUCUGGGCCGUAACAAGGACUCGUCCGGUAAGAAUAGCGGCAGCGAAGGCAACGAUCAGUCCAAUCCGGUCAACUCGCAAAGCGGCCGCUACGUCCUUUCCAGUACAAUCCGCGCCAACGGAGGCCGUACGCGCCUCAACGAUGACGAGGUCGAGCUCACCUGCACGGCUGGCCGUGGAGACCAUGCGACCCGGCUAGGGAGCACCGGGAGUUCCGACGAGGAGGUGGAAGACGGCGGCAUCACAGUCCAGACCCAGGUCUCUGUUGUUGCCUCGCAAAAAGUCUGA